AACCGUCUGUAGAUUUCACAGUGUUGCCCAAGUGUUGACGUCUGCUGUGGUAGCCGGUGAAAAUAUUGUGCGUAGGGUUAGUUUAACUUUAUUGACAGUGUAUUUCCAAUUUUUGUUUUUAUGUCUUUUAAUGUUAGUGUAGUGUAUGUGUAGUGCAGAAGUUUUGCGAGUCAUCUUACAGGACGUUAUCGAUUGGCUUGUGUUGUCACCGAACCUUAAAAUGACAGCCUAAAUCGUAAUAACAUGUAUUUGUGAUGGAAAAGGUGUAAUAUGGGUAUUAGUGACUGGGAUAAGAUGCUUCCAGAGCCAGAGCUAUUAGGAAAAUAUUUUCACGAGCAAUUUAAAGUUCUUCCUGAGCAACAAAGGAAAAGAGCAGAAUGGAAGAAAGGCAAGACGAGCAAAGCCGUAAAAGCGAAGGACAAACGGAAGAAUAAACUCGAAGGAUGCGGUGAUGUUGUUCCUCUAUCAGGACCUCCUGAAGUAGAGCUGCCCACUAAUGCUUCUAGUUUUGCAGUUUUUGCCAGUGUGCGCUUGGCAGUUCUUGAACGAUGGAUGAAACAGGCAUGUCAGAUUUAUUUGGCCUCUUCAUCUAGUUUACCUACAGUAGAUGGAGCAGGAAGUGAUGGAGAAUCAGAUAGUGAAGAUUGCACAGACCGUGCCAGAGAGAGUGCACCUUUGCGAGUACCGAAGAUUGUUGGUGUGGGAUUACGCAGUGUAUUUGAACUUAUUAGAGAAAGUCGUUCUUCCCAUCCUGCAUUAUGCACAAAGGCGUUAGGUGCUUUAUUAGAUGUUCUACAAGGUCAGCAGCCAGAAGGAUUGAAAGAUGAACCAGCAGAAGUUUUAGAUGCAUUGUUUGACCUGCUCUUGAAUUUGGCCACAUCACAUGGUCCAGAAUCAGCUGCAGCUGACGAUGGCAGUCACUUGACAGCAGUGGCAUGUGCUUGUUUGUUGAGUCUGGUGGUUGUGCGAGGAGACACAGGCAAAUUGUUGAGUGCUACUGCCGCUUUGCUUAUGUGUCCUCGUGCCCUAGCUUCACAGAACAUUCACAUGCCAGCUGUCUUGGCUGCAUUGCAGAGGAGUGUACAUGGAGUACUUCUGGGAAGAGUAGCACGACCUGAUUGGUUCACCCAUGGAGUACCCAAAAAUAGUCGCAUUGACUCUUUCCAUGUAAAGUUAGGAGGAGGAAGAUUAGGACCAUCUGCUGUAGCUGAUGUACAUGGUAUAGGCCUCUGCUCUCGUAGCAUUGCUAGUGAUGGCCAAUACUUAUAUCUCUACACAUCAAGAGGACUCUACAAAGUGGGUUCUGGAUAUGGUUCAACAAUUAAAGGUCAUGUUUACUUACACAAACCUGAUUUGUAUGCAGAUGAGCGUGGUUGGUUGGGAUAUGCUCAUGGAACACUAUUCUUCAAAUGUGUUGGAAAAAGAGGCUGCGAAUUGCUCGCUUUAGAUCGUAACACUUUGAAAGUAGCAGAAAUUGUGCCCCUUGAUGGUAAAGAUUGGUCUUCCAGUGUUAUGUUUUCUGAUGGUGACAACUUGGGUGUGAUAACAUGUGCAAAAGAUGAUGGCUUUGUCGUCCGUACUGUGCAUGCAGUGUCUGGUGCCGUCUCUUGGGGCAGUGAGCUGCCUCUGAAGUUGGCGCGCAAGUGUGUUGAUGCAUUUGGCAGCGCGUCUUUUGACGAGGAGGCUUCAGCUCAUGCCCUCCACACUGGCUGCGAUGAGGAAGUGGCGUGGGUUGGAGCAGGGAAAGACUUCGGUCUCAUCCGUACUGCCACUGGCAAGAUACUCUACUGUGGCAAGUCAGCGAGUUUAGGCAUUAAACAAGGGGGAUUACGUGCUGGCCGUUGGGCUGAACUACCUGUCACAAAAUCACCGAAAGUGACCCAUGUUGCGGUGGGACAUGAAGGAAUGCAUGCCAUUUUGCUAGCAGAUGAUGGCUCCAUACUAUUUUGUGGUACUGCUCGACGUGGAGAAGAUGGAGAUCAAAAUAAAGCUCGUCGUCAGCCUAAACCAGUUAAACCAAAGAAGAUGUUGAAGGUGGAAGGACAGCACAUAGUGCAUGCAGCAUGCAACAAUGGAACUACAGCAGUAGUAACACGUGAUGGAGAAUUACUGAUGUUUGGUAAAGACACAGCUCAUUGUGAUGCAGCCACUGGCCUGGUAUCUGAUCUGAAAGAUGUGCAUAUAGCCCAGGUUGCUCUAGGCAAAGCGCAUGCUGUUGUCCUCACCAACAAAGGCCAUGUGUACACAUUUGGAAUAAAUAACAAAGGACAGUGUGGAAGAGAUUUUGCUGCUCAAGUGAAAGAAGCUCCUGUCGUGGUCGCCAUGGAAACUGCUGGAGAGGAAGACGCAGAGGAUGAAGAGCUGGAUUGGGAGGAGGCCCAUGAGGGAAUGUGUCCCCCGAACAAGCACAAGUGGAAGCACGACCUGUGCAUGGUGUGCACAGUGUGUCGGGAGUGCACUGGCUAUUCCAUCUCUUGUUUGAGCAGCAUAAGACCUGACAGAAAUCCAGGCCAGGAAUGUGGCUGUGGGGAAGGAGAUUCAGGCUGUGCCGAAUGUGGUUGUUGUCGUAUUUGUGCACGAGAGAGCGUUGACAACUCUGAAUUGGCACUUCUUGGUCCAAGUGGGGCAGGUGAUCUGGCUGGAAUGAUGCGGGACUAUAUUUUCGGCGACGUAGGUGUGGCAGGGAGACACGGCAGCAGGCUGCAGGACCAUUUGCAACGGCGCCUGGAUGACCGGAAAUUGCGUGUUCGUGGCCGGGCAGCCCAGGCUGCUCUCCAGGCCCCACCUGGAAGCAAGCACUGUGGCGGCAGUGGUCUUAAGCUGAAGGGAGCCAGCGCACGGGCUGGACCAUCUGGGGCUGCGUUGGCUGGAGCUGUACCUGCAGGCGCUGCUUUCAGACCCUCACUUCUGCCACCUGCUGCUGUUAGCAUUGUGUUGGAGGAGCAGGCAGGAGGAAGCGAUGUAGAACGGGAUGCCAGCCGCGUGACCGCUUUGCCCCCAGCAAGGGUGCCUUUACCCACCGAAGGAGUGGUGCUGCAGGUGGCAUGUGGUCUGCACCACUCGGUUCUGCUUCUCCAAAGUGGCGAUGUGCUGGCCUUUGGAAGCAACACGUAUGGUCAGCUGGGCCAGGGAGACCUUUUGCCGCGAGGUGGGCCAUCACAUGUCAGACUCCCACCAGCCGCUGUGCAAGUAGCUGCUGGUAGCAAUCACACAGCUGUCCUCACAGCCAAGGGAGAAGUGUACACAUUUGGAAGUUUUCAGAAAGGUCAGUUGGGUCGUCCAUCCCCAAUGGCAGGUGCAGACCCAUCAACAGCAGCUGGAGCAUCUAGUGGCGGUAGUGGGAGUGGAGGGAGUGGUCGUAAGGAGGGGCGUAGUGGGAGUGGUAUUCGUGAUGGACCAUGGUACUCCCUACCAGGGCCGGUGCCAAGUGUGGGACCACGUCAUGGUCGUCGUGCCACAUGGGUGGGUGCAUCAGGUGACCAAACCUUUCUCAAAAUCGACGAGAGUCUUAUCAAUGCACAUACAUUGGCACGUGCAACUGUGAUGGCCAAUAAAAGCAGCAUUGUGGUGGUACCAGCGCACGGAGAACCAGGAGCUGCAUUCCGUUGUUUGGCUAUUAGCAAGAGAGACGGUAAUUGUAGCAGCUUCGGAGGACCAGAUCAGGCAGAUUUGUCCAAUACUGCGACAUGCCUUGACCCUCUGUACAAUGUUCUAUGGAGUUACCAUCCAUCCAGUCAGGAAGUAGCUUGCUAUAAUGUUGUGGCCUCAGAGGCACGGGCUGCUGCCUGCACACCACCUAGUAUUCUGAGUGCAGAGCUCGCGUUGCCUGCUGCUUCACAUUGCCAUGUCACACGCGCGCAGGCUGCUUUGCACCUCCUGGGUUGUUUGGACACCCUGACACAGGCUCAGGAGCAACGCCUAGGUGUUCGUGAGGAGCGAGCCGAGAGGCCUGCUGGAGCUGGCAAGGUGUACAGCCGUCAUGGAGGAGGUUGGGGCUACUCGGGCCAUUCCAUUGAAGCAAUCCGCUUCAUGGCAGAUACAGAUGUUUUGCUGGGAGGGUUUGGACUCUUUGGAGGUCGUGGAGAGUACACUGGCAAAAUCAAGUUGUUUGAUGUUGGACCUGAUGGAGGAGAGCAAGAAGCUGAUGGUGAAGUCUUGGCCGAGACAGAUGAGAUACCUUAUGAUUGUGGACCACGCCAGAAAUUCCCAAUGCUUUUUGAAGAGCCUGUACCUCUGCAGGCAAACCGUUGGUAUGUGGCUUGGGCACGUGUAUCAGGUCCUAGUAGUGACUGUGGUUCAAGUGGACAAGGCAUGGUUACCACGGAAGAUCAAGUUGUUUUCUAUUUCAAAUCAUCCAAAAAAUCAAACAAUGGCACUGACGUGAAUGCAGGACAAAUACCUCAACUGCUUUAUCGAGUUGUCACUCCAGAGAAUCAAGCCCCUAGCAGGCAGACUGAUCAGAGUGAACCUGUGUACAUCUUGAGCAGAGACUUCUCUCGUUGUGUCUCCAAAGAAUGUUUCUCAGCCUUGCUUGCACUUCUGCAGUGGUCAUGGAACACUUUCAAAGCAGGUCUUCUAGACUUGUCACAACUGAGUUCGUGGAGUGCUGGACACCUUGCUGCACUCCUGGAUCUUGAAAGGCUGGUUUAUGUGAGCAGGGCUAGUUUACGCCUCUUGCGAGCGUACACCUGUGAGGUCUACCCUAGUCAAGUUGGUUGCCGACGUCCUCCACCAGAGUCUGUUCGUUUAGCAGAAAGUAUUGGUGACAUCCGCGCUUUGCUGAGACAGCUGUUGGCUGACCCUCUUCCUGCAGCUGCUGCUGCUCGCAAAACUGGCAAAAUUCGUACACAAAAGAGUUCUACACCAUAUGCUAAGAUGACUGCUGGUAUUCUGGAAGAGUGUCAUCAAACAUUUGUUGCUUGCUUCCAUGCAUUCUAUCCUACUGCAUACCUUAAGUGGAGCUGCUUGUGUGAACUACUUGCUUCUAUGGACAAGGAAGGUAGUGGCCCUGCUACAUCUGCUCCUGAGGCUCGCAGUUUGGAUCGCUUGCUGAGUGCUGUUCUGGCAGCACUUUGCAGCCCAUCAGUUCGCCUGCGUUCUACUUUCCCAGUGCUUGGUAGCGGGAUAGAAGUGACUGAUCCACGGCGACAACCAAGUCCCUCUGACAAUGCUGGUCUGGCCAUGUUGGCUGGGACUGACUCACAUCACUAUCCUGUGCUUGCUGAGCAAAUGAGCCAUCGUAGUCAGGUGGAGGGUGCCCCAGCACCAGCAUGGCCCUUUCGUGAAGUUCUGGAGCGUCUACUGGGUUUGGCAGCACUUCCUGUGCGUCAGGCUCUGUGCCAUGAACGACCUACUUUGUCACCAGAAUUAGUAAGGCAUUGCUGCCAUCUCUUGGCUCGUGUCAUUGCUGAAUUGGCAUCACAAUCUAGUGGCACUGAUGAAGAUCUUCAAGGAGCCUGUGGUCGUGUUUUACAUACUACUCCAUCUCGUUUUACCCGAACUAACCAAAGUCGUACCUGGAACACUGGCAGUGGUGCUCCUGAUGCCAUUUGCUUUACAGUAGACCGCCCUGGCGUGGUGAUUGCAGGUGUCUGUGUUUAUGGAGGAGCUGGAACUUAUGAAUAUGAACUUGAGCUUUUGGAUGAUCAGAGCAGUGCUGCUGCAGCAGCUGCUGUGGGAGCAGCAGGGGCAGACCCAUCCCAUGCUCAGCGCUGGAACAGUCUGGAAUUGGCCAGGGGGACUUUUGGCCCAGAUGAUUGCGUCGCUGAUGUCGCUGAGAUCCGCUUCGAAAGACCUGUUCCCAUCCGAGAAGGCGCGAAGUACGCUGUCCGACUUCGGAAUCAUGGUGGUCGUACGUCAAACGGAGAUGGUGGCCUUAGCUCCGUCAAGGGCCCUGAUGGAGCCACAUUCACCUUUUCUACUUGCUCCCUGAGCUUCAAUGGAACCACCCAAACUCGUGGGCAAAUACCCCAAAUCUUAUAUUACAGCAAUCCACAAGAUUCAGAGAGUCAGCAGAAUAGUAGGGCCUGGGCAGAGCUGCAGGCGGCCCGGUGCACUCUGGCCCUGGCGACAGCUGUGGUCAGGCGCUGUGUGGAGUUGGCAGCCUUGGCUCGAGAGCGAUCUGAGGAUGCAGCGGCUGCAGAAGUGCUGGGCAAUGCAUGCCUCAUUACAACACUGCUGCCCUUAAUGUUGGCACACAUAUCACCUUUGGCUACACUUGACCCAAGGAGUGGUGUGCAAGUCCUGGGGUUAAUCCAUGAACUUCUGCCUCACGUGGCAGCUUUGAACCUUCUGUCUGGACCAGGCAUGCAGCAUUCCACUGGGUCCAUAGACAGCGCAGGUGGAGUAGCACCUGCCACAGCUUCCACCACUUCGCAUCACUAUGCCUGGGUAGAGAGUGACCACCCAUACAAACCUGCCACAGUAGCGAAUUACAGAGUGGCAUUUCCAGAAUCUGUCAAGUGGCUAUGCAUCGAGUUUGACCCACGAUGCGGUACUGCGCAAGCGGAAGACUCCCUGCAACUCUACAUUCCUAGUCUGGGUGGUGCUGCAUGUGCAGCAGUUGGACCAGCUGUGACACUAACAUCUCCAACUGCCUCUGAAAACGAUUCCGAUUCUGGGCCUGCCCCAUAUUGGCCCAUGUUGCACAAGUUCAGUCGUGGCCCUGCCAAUUGGCCCCAGACUGCCAUUGUAUUGCCAGGCAAUGAAGUAAUAUUUUCACUAGAGACAGCAUCUGACUAUGUGAAAGAUGAAAAGGCAUGCUUCUAUGGUUUCCGCUGCCUUGUGGUGGGGUAUGAGUGGCAAAUGGGACCUGGUGAUGGCCUUCGCCACUUAGAAACAGAACUUGCUUUUCUGGGAGGAAUGUGUGCUGCAUCUUUAAUGAAAAAGGAUUUACUUCUACCUCCCACAUCAGUUGAAGAACUGGAAGAGGACAGUGAGCUGGUAGAGGAGCUGGCUCAACAGGUGUAUGGUGCCCAUCAGCAGCUGCUGGGGAAGGGCUUUGCCCUUGCUACAGCUCCCACCAUCAACCAGGCGUUGGACGGCAUCUUGCCCUUCAGCUGCCACUCGAACGAGCGCCUGUUCCUGCGCGACCUGGUGCAGUGCGCGCCGGGCACGAGCGGCGGGCGCCUGGCGCGCUGGCUGCAGCCCGACUCGUACGUGGAGCCCGGCCGCUGCGACGUGCUGUACAGCCGCGACGACAUGCGCUGCGGCUGGCCGGCCAUCGUCACCGUGCUCACCAAGGACCAGUACGGCGACGUCGUGCACGUGCCCUCCCUCAAGGUAACCGCCACCGCCCGCCCUGAGAAAAGCUUCCUGCUGCCCUGUCUGCUCCAUUUAAAAAAACAAAUCAGUGUUUGUAGUAUGGUGGUAUGUACAGAUCGAUUGUGA